AUGAUUCUUUCCCAGUUCACCGGAUUCUGGUUCCUGGAUAACAACCCAGAGGAAUGUUCAGUGUGUUUUAACAAUUAUGAUGACACUCUGCUACGGCCUCGCACUCUGCCAUGUGGUCACCCAUUCUGCUCCCAAUGUAUUGACAAUGCUAUCAAGAAUGGUCAGCUGAGCUGCCCCAGCUGCCGAGCCCAGCACACUGCCACUGCUGCUACUCAGUUCCCAAUCAGUUAUGGUAUGGAGGCCUUUAUCAGAAAACUAAAAGGUAUGGAGGUUGUGCCAGUGAAAACGGUACCCACAAAACCCAAUAAAGCUCCGACCAGAGGCAUCAGUAAGAAGUUACGUUCCAUGGUGCAGGAGCAGAAGAGCAGCAUCAGCUGCCUCAUUACCAGCUGUGAAGAG